CGGGAUGCCCAGGCCGCUGCCGGGGGCGAGGAAAAGUCGGGGUUGAAGGCGCCGGGGCCACCUUCCCUGAAGUUCCUUCACUGCCCCUAAAUGUGAACGAGAAAUUUUAGCUUCACGCUUCUGACAAUCACAAAUGGUUCCCAACAGAACUGUUAUCAAAGAUUAGUGGCUGAAUUUAUGAGCCAUCAGGCCUUUCUUGAAGUGGGCUGGCUAGGGCAAGGUAUUCAGAAAUGAGUGGUGGCUUGGCUCCAAGUAAAAGCACAGUGUAUGUGUCCAACUUACCCUUCUCCCUGACAAACAACGAUUUAUACCGGAUAUUUUCCAAGUAUGGCAAAGUUGUAAAGGUUACUAUAAUGAAAGACAAAGAUACAAGGAAGAGUAAAGGGGUUGCAUUUAUUUUAUUUUUGGAUAAAGACUCUGCACAAAACUGUACCAGAGCCAUAAACAACAAACAGUUGUUUGGUAGAGUGAUAAAGGCAAGCAUUGCUAUUGACAAUGGGAGAGCAGCUGAAUUCAUCCGAAGGCGAAACUACUUUGAUAAAUCCAAGUGUUAUGAAUGUGGGGAAAGCGGACACUUAAGUUAUGCCUGUCCGAAAAAUAUGCUUGGAGAACGUGAGCCUCCAAAGAAGAAAGAAAAAAAGAAGAAAAAGAAAAUCGCCGAACCAGAAGAAAUGGAGGACGUAGCAGAAAGCGAAGACGAAGGGGAAGACCCCGCUCUGGACAGUCUCAGCCAAGCCAUCGCGUCCCAGCAAGCCAAGAUCGAAGAACAGAACAAAUGGAAGCCCAGUGCGGGGGGCCCCUCAACGUCAGAGGAUUCACGGCGCCCAAGGAUAAAGAAGAGCACAUACUUCAGUGAUGAGGAAGAGUUUAGUGAUUAGAGUAGUAUCAUGUAAUGUCCGGAAAAUAAAAACUAUCUGCAGUACAAAUUAUUUGCAUAUAACAGCACUUAGGACCAGAUAGUAUUUUUUACCAUAAAGUAGUGUGGAGAAAAUAAUAAAUAAUUUUUUAAAGUAUCACAUUUUACAGGUGGCACAGACUCUGACAUAAGUAAUAAUGUAUAAAUCCCAAAACAAUACAAAGUCUUGUGUCAAGUCACACUUCUUGCUACCUCUGAGCUCUCAUCCCAUACCAUCUAGUCAGGGGAUGAGUUAUCACCUGUAACUAUUGAGCAUCAAAAUAUGACUAAUCUAAAAAACAAAAAAAAAGUAUCAUGUUUUGAACUGUGUGCGGUGACACACUUUUAUAAUCUUAGUGUUCGGUGAGGCUGAGGUGUAAGGACUACAAGUUGAAGCCCAGUCUGGGAAAUUUAGCAAUUUAACCAGACCCUGUCUUACAAUAAAAAUUAAAAAGUUACACCAAUGAUGUAGCUCACUAUGAAGGCCCUGGGUUCAAUUCCCAGGGACGCCCCCACCCCAAAAUCAUUUCUACCUUGCCUUGGCAUAGUACAGACUUAAUAUCUCUAUUUUUUCUUUUUUUUUAAGAUGGGGUCUCACUUUGUAGGCUGGCCUUGAAUUCACUAU